AUGGGUGCGCAGCGAAGCGAGUCCGAUCUGAACAGCAUAGUAGACAAUGUCACACGACCCAACGAUGCCACGAACCAUAUCCGCAAUGGUGUCGGUGUAGCUUCGCCUGCUGCCGAUGACGGCGAAACCAUCGACAUCACCAUCGAUGAGGACGACCACAAGAAGGUGUUUGGCUCUCAGUCAUCAGUCUGCCUCGAGCUCCCGCCUCAUCCAAUAGUCCGUCCACGCACAGAGUACGAGCCACAGACCACACCGUCCAUCUCGCACAAUCUUCCUGCUUCUCCACCUCCGUCGUAUGACGAUGCCUCGAUGCCACUGACAGAUGCUGCCUUGCCCGACGCAAGUUCGGUUGCAACUCCUCAUAUUGCCCACCUGCUGCUACCCACCGCACUCCACGAUUCCGGCCUGCUCUUUAAUCCGCAGCUCAGCCAGAGCAGAGUCAGCCUCGAGCGUGAUCCCAUCCCAGAGGCACCCUCGGCCACAAUCUCGAAAGCGGAUUCCCUCGUACCUGCAUCCAUAUCUCCACUUACCGAUUGCGCUCUCAUACCCACCCUCGCACAAUGCGAAUCUUGCAAGCCACACCCCGAUGCUCUCUUUGUCGCCGAGACGCUCGAGUGGAGACUCAUCUUGGAUCGUUCCUGCAUGUACCGCCUACCACCCGCUCCGAGCUCUCAGUACGAUGCGACCGACCUGUACGAAGCCUGCGAUCUGGUGCCAGGCUCUGUCCCCAUGUACGAGACCCAGCCCACCAUCAUUCCAGCCCACGACCAGUGCAGAGCUGUGCAACUUCUCCAACACUGGGAUCCAGCCACUCCAGAUGCGCCUCUUCCCUUCCUAGAAGAGUUCAACACCCACUUCUGCCCUUUUACUGGAAAGCAUAUUUUCUCCAGUCCACCAGACAGCAUCGUCACUGUUGUCGACCGUCAUUUGCUCAUCCGCUUCAAAGAGAGUCGCGAAAAUGAUCCAGCCGUCGGUCUCACAGGGCUAGAGUCCUUCCUCCGUGCGCUUCGCAUCCUACUCAGGGUGGUUGGCAACUACGUUCAUGGCGAACGGCGCGGCGUACCAACCACCAGCGCUUCGCUCACUCAAAAGCUCGGAUGGGAUCGGCACUCGCGACAGUUCUUUCUCAGCCUUGGCUGGAAGGAGAGCACCAUGGCCGACGGCCGCAACGCCAUCGUGCCACCUUCGACCUCGACCGACCUAUUCGACGCAAACUUUCACCUCCAACGCAACAUCCGUGCUUGGAUUGAACUCAGCAUAUGGCACACUUUCCAUGUUGAACAGCUACGCAAAACAAGGCCCAAUUCUCCCGUCCUUACCUCACCCGACAAGUUCGCCGUCGCCACACGCGUCCAAAUUCAUCCCGCUGCCGAGUCACUCCUCGACUUGAUCGGAUCGCGUCAGGAUCACCUCGAUCCCACCUACAAAACAACCCUCUCUCCCGCCACGCUCGAGGCUUUCUUCACUCUGGGCGCGUCUAGCACCGCUCGCGACCAGCUCGUCAAAUUCGCCUACCUGGUCAACAUGAAGGCUGGCCACGGUCACACAGCCCUCAACCUCUUUGCCGCGCUGAAUCAAGUCUACACGUCUCAGCGCCGCACGUCGCGCGUGCUCGAGGAGUUGAUCGCAUACGAACGAAGCCAAGGGCGCUACACUCCCCGUGACAUCGACCAAGCAUAUGAGCGACUUCAUCUGUCGACUGCCCAUCUCGGUCCAGACGUGGAGCGCCUGAGCAUUCCUCACAGUCUCAUCGUAGACAAUUACAAAGCGCGAGUACGCGAGGUGCUGAUCAACAGCGAUGCAUCGGAGCAUGCUGCCCUCAAGGACGCGCUCCGUAUCAUCGCCGUGGACCUCGGCAAGCCCGAAAGGCUAAUCAAGGCGCUCGACGAAGACAUCGAUAUGGACAUUGAUCAGGCGUGCAGCAUGCUCGACACCAAUCCCGACAUGGACGACUCGACCGUCUUGGCCAUCUUUGACCUUUACGUAGCUGACGCUCCCGCCCGUCAAGACGCUUUGCGUCAUGCUCUUCGCGCCAUUGCCGAGCAUCGCAACAGCGACUAUCUGCGUCACUUUUUGCGCACGGGUCAGAAGGAUGCGUCGGUCGCCGAAACCUGGCAGCAAAUGCCUUCGAACGAUCUUCCCGCCGGUAUCGACAACAUCGGUAACACGUGCUAUCUCAACUCGGUGCUGCAGUACUUUUUCUCCAUCACUGAAGUACGCGAUCGUGUUUUGCAAGCUGCAGCUUCCCUCGCCGAAUCCACGGCGACAGCUCAGCUCUCGUGCGACACCGAGCGGAGGGUAGGCGGUCAGCGCAUCACGGCUCGCGAACUGCAACGCAGCAGAAGAUUUGUGGCUCAGCUCGGCGGGCUCUUUCAUCACCUCAUUCACGCUAAUGCGCUUUCCGUUCGUCCCGAGAGGGAUCUGGCAUAUCUGGCGCUGGUCUCGUCGCGCGCAGAGGAUUUUGAGAAGGAGCUUGACCCUGUCCCAGAGACGGGCGCACUGCUGCAACAUCAAGGAGACGUCGUCGCUUAUAGUUCAGACCCAUCUGUCCUUUCGUCGGAGCCAGUCACGAUCGGAAAUGCAAGCUUAGACGCAGGCAUCAACACAGUUUCCGCAGCUGUUGAUGGCGAGUCGAUGGAGCUUACGGCGGACGAGCUGUCUGCAAGGCAAAUGGAUCCUUUGCAAGCACAUGCAUCGAACACAUCUACAUCGGCUCCGCCCUUACCGCCUAGACCCGCUCGGCAGUCAACGAGUGCUGAUUCGACAUCAGCCGCCCUGCCACCGCCUGCGCGACGUAACUCGCUCAUGCAGCUGGGUGCGCAACAGGACGUUUCCGAAUGCUUGGACAACUGCAUGUUUCAGCUUGAAGUUGCUUUGGCUGCGAGCGAGGCUGCAUUCGCCCCAAGAACUUCCACCGAGCAGACUAUAGUUGUGGAUGGGAGUGAAGAAUCCAAGGCGGUGUCCGACACGGUCAACGGGAGUGACCAAGAAGAUCUGCUCACAAGCCUCUUCCUCGGCAAAACAUGCCAACGCAUUGAAGCAGAUACCAAACCGACCAUUGGCAACAACGCUGACGGUUCGUUGUCCCGACCAGCUCAGCCGCAAAAACAGCCCAGCACUCACAUUAAGCAUGAGGUGUUUAAAAUCUUGCCCAUCGACGUUCUCGAGGAAGGGCGCGACAUUUACGAUGGCUUUGAUGGGUUUUUCGACUCGGACACUUUUGUUUCCACGUCCGGCGCUGUGCAGCGUCGGUCCGUGACGCUAUUGUCGGCUCCACCACUGUUGCAGAUCCAGCUGCAACGUGUGCAGUACGACCGCGUUACGAUGCGGACGUUCAAAUCGCAGGCGCACCUCGACAUGCCCGAGACGCUGUACGUCGACCGAUACAUGGACGUGUCCGCGGAUGAUCCGGAGAAUGCAGUGCGUAUCGCCAAGAGGCUGGAUUACCAAGCCAAACGCAAACGGAUCGAAGAGUUGAGAGCGAAGCUAGCGGCGUGCAAGGACGGUUCCAAUGUUCACUUAACGCAGACACUCAGCCAAGCGGCGAACGCGGUGGAGGAGCUGGCAAGGUUGCCUCCUUUGGCCGAUGUGGCCGCGCAGCUGGACGAGAUCGAGAAGCAAAGCGCUCAGCCUGAGGCGAUCGAGCAGGAUUCUUCGUCUCGCAGGUGUUUGGCGAAGCAGUCUGCUGAGGAUACGAGUGCCAGCACAGAAAGCAAUGCUACUCACUCAGCAACUGCGGAUAGCACCGCUCCUGGCACUGUCGACAGCGCGUAUCCUCAGUCUCUUUCAAGUGUCAUUGAUGCAGGACUUGCUACACUGCUCCGAGACGAGUCGAAGCUCGUACGUGAGCAAGUCAAGCAAGCGCAAGAAGAGAUUGAUACGCUCAAGUCCGAGAUGGCGUCGAUCUGGGCGGACGAACGACGGUUUGCCUACCGGCUGGUGGCAGCCUUCAUGCAUCGCGGCGAAGCGAGUCAUGGACACUACUUUUUGAAUCUGCGCGGUGGUGGCGAAAACGGCAAGUGGUUCAAGUACAAUGACUCGACGGUGAGCGAGACAUCAUUAGACCAGGUGUUGCGCGAUCGAUCAGGUGCUACGCCGUACUUGGUGACGUAUGUACGCGAGGAUUAUGUGCACCUCAUCGACCCGAUCUGCAGAGCGAUUGAGCACCAGAACCGCGCCAUGGACGUGGAUCAGGAGAAGCACGUUCACGAGGCGCUGAAUGGGGUCAACCACACCAAGGCCAACGUGGAUGAAGGGUGUGCAGUUCACAAUGACGAGGCUGCGCGGACUGUCGAUGUGGCAGAGCAAGCACCGAGUGGUCCUGAAAGUCCAGUCAAACGCGCUCGCACAGACGACCUUUAG